UCAGUUUCUGGUCGAGCUUAUACUGAGUAUUUCCAAUUUAAGUUUGAGUUUUUAAUCUAAUUCGUUUAGUUCAUUAAACAAAAUAACUGAAAAUGGCAGAAAGUAGUGAUGUUAAGGCAUUGGAAAAAAUUUCUACAGAAGUAGAUGAAAUGCAGUUGAACAUUUUGUUAUCUAGCCAAUGUAUUAAAGCACAAGCUUUUCUGGUGGAUAAAUUGAAAAAGCAAUCAGAGCGCCAAAAAGAAUUGUGUAGCUUUAUCAGUAGUGCUAACUUGAAAUUGAAAACGGAAAUAAAACUGGCCGAAUCCGAGUUCAAUAGCUUAGCGGUUGCUUUACAAACAAUAAAAUCAGCAAACGUAGAAUCUAAAAAAGAACUUUUAUUGAUAAAGGAAAGACGAUUCGAAGUAGAAGAAAGAGUUAGGACUGGAAUAAAAAAGUAUGAAGACUUGUGGUUGGUGUCUAAGACAAAAUAUGAAAAUAUCCCAUUUAUUAAAAGAUAUCUGGAAGCAAAAAAUAAGUGUCAAACUAUUCAAGAAAGCAUCAAUAUACUGAAAAAUGAAUAUGAUAAGCUGUAUAUUUAUAAAGCAAAUAAAAUAAGUGAACUAAGGAACUUGGAGCAACAACGUGUUAUAAAAUUGGCUGAGUAUUUUAUUAUUGAACGGCCAAUAACAUUGAAAAUUAUUAAUGAAAAAGAAAAUCUAAGAAUCAAAUUACAAGCUGAAAUUCAAUCUCUUCUGCACGAGUGUAAAAUAAAAAAUGAAACAGCAGUUGAUAUUAGUGUAAUGCAAAAGAGUGAGACAAAAAUAUUAGAGAGUUCACAGAACAAGUGGCCAGCCUUACACAAUACUUCUGAUACUGAAAAUUUAAUGAUGCCACAUAUCCAGCUACAAAGUGUUGACCUAGACAUCUUAAGUGUUAAGCUUGACAAGAUAAAGAGAGUAGAACAUUCAAAAGUUAUAAAUAAAAUUGAUACCAUUGUAAAACCGGACACAGGAAUGAAACAUAGAACAGAAGAAUUUAUAAAAGACGAAUAUGUAUCUAGCUAUUUUGAUAUAAGCUCAAAAGUGGACAUUGAGGCAGAUGAUAGCAAACAACAAAAAGAUUUUUCAGAUAAAAAAUUGAUUCAUAUUUUAGAAGACAUUAAAUUAGAUAAACAUGAGACAUAUAAAAUAGUGGCAAACAUUAAUCCUAAUAGUCUUCAAAAUGUUAAUAUAAUUAAAGCUAAAAUAAAUGAAAAGACAGAUAAUGCUGAUAUACAGAAAAAUGUGGAAACAAAGGAUGCUGAUGCCAAUGAAGAACAGGUAAAUUUACCUUUGGAUAAUACACCAAGUGUUGUUUUGCCACCCACACAAUUUAUGGACUGUUCUAAGGGUAAUCAUUUUGAAAUAUCCCAACCAACCCAAGAAAGUCUUAAUCCAGAUACCAGAGACAAAACUUCUUAUAAGAAAGAUCCAUCUCAAGAAAGUAAGAGAGUAACAUUUGAUAUAAAAGAAUCUCAAUGUGAUGAAAUACAAUCCAGUGAAGAAAAUAAACAAUCAAAUAUUAGCACUGAAAGCUUCACACAAAUGAAGGAAAUGAUUUUAAAGAAACAUAACUUGGACUUGUCUCCACAGUUUGUUUAUACCAAAAAUACAUUUCAACCGAAAUCAGGAAAAGAUUGCGUGAAUGAAAACAUUAUUACUUCUAAAUUCUUUGAAGAUAAAGUUGAUAAAGACACUGCAAAUGAAAAUGCAGAAGGGAAAAUUAAUCAGAGUGAAGUAAAAGUGACUGAAGAGAUUGUUUCACCAAUUAAUGAACCUGAUGCUGAUUAUAAUAGACUUUCUAAAAAUCCACAAAGCUGUUCUAGCCCCAAGGACGGACAAGAUAUGACAGUAGCUGGGUUGUUAUUCACUCAUGGUCCACAAAGUAUACCAGAUUCAUUAAAUUUGUCUAUGAGUACUGCAGAAUAUGAAGAAGGUGAUUCUGAUUUUCCUCAUGGGAUAGAUUCUAGCCUACUGCUCUCACCUAAAGCGGAUGAAGCACCAUCAAGUGAAGAAAACAACAAUGAAACUUAUGCACAAGGAAUUCCUAACUUUUUAUCAGGAUUAAGAAAAACUGGUUUAUCAUUGUUUGGUGCCAAGCCUGAAGAUAUCAAGCCAGGAUCUUCCACAGAAAAUCAAGGCAAUAACUUCACUUUUUCAUUUAGUGGUGAGGACAAGAGAAACAGAGGAGGUUUAUUUAGUAUGUUUCGUUAAUAUAGCAUUCUUCAAUAUUUUUCUUCAUUGUUAUUCAAGUUUCUUAAUUUAAUUUGUUAACUAUUUGCAAUGGUAAUAAAAGUCAUUAUUAUUUCCAA